AUGAAACCCCUGUCCUUUCCAUUGGACCUGGUUGCCUUGAUCUCAGUUCAUUUGGUAGACCGUUCAAAUAAACCUGCAGAACUGUUCCAACUUUCUUCCGGGCCUGAGAGAUUUUUCGUGGGGAGGGUCGCAGUGUCAGAGAAAAAGCAGCUUGUAGGCUUGGGUCUCUUGGAGGAGGAUGAGGAGUUCAAGGAGUUCCCUGCGGAAGAGUGGGCUGGUUUAGGUGAAGACGAAGAUUCAGAUGCACAUGUCUCGGAGGAUAAUUGGGAUGAUGACAGUGUAGAAGAUGACUUCUCCAAUCAGUUACAACCUGAACUAGACAAACAUGGUUAUAAGAUGGAGACCUUGUAGCAUCCAGAAGCGUUGAAGCAACCUAAACUUGAACUGUCUACUAAAUUCUAGGACACAGAACCCAGGAUGGAACACUUACAAAAAUAUGUUUAUUUCAUUACCUGCUUGGAUUUUUGUGUGUGUUUGUAUCACAUCUUAAAAAAAAGGAGAAAAAUAUUCUGGGGGAAUUUUGAAAAUAACUUUUAUUACUUGCCACAUUGAUACUGGUUUGAUAAUUAUGCUUGUUUUUUUGUAAAGAUUCACUAAUGAGCUAAGGUGUGUCUGCAUUGGUACCUUUAUGCCUUUGUUCACUUAAGAGAUAUUUGAGUGUCUGCUAUGAGCCAGGCACUGUUCUAAGUGUUGGUGUUACAGUGAUAAAUUAACACCAAGUCCCUGUGCUGACAUUUUAUUGUUGUUUUGAAUUAAGUUAAUUAUAGACUCUUCAUACUAGUGUGUAAUCAACAGGCCUGACCCUAAAGUUGGGAAAUAGUUGUAAAGUAGUACAAUUUGAUGGCUACUCAAAGACUCAUUUACUCUGAAAUAUUUUAUGCCUGGCAUUGUAACACUGAGUUAUAACACUGUUACCCGUCUACUCCUGAUAAGUAAGCAUAUGUUCCAUUUUUUAUCUCAGUCUCAGGAAACAAAGCUGGGAGAAAAUAAAUGGGACCUACGAUUGAUAUGUUGGACUAGCAGCUAUUGUUUAUUGAGUUGUUGCUUUUGCUAUGUGUUAGAUACUAUGUCAAGCAAAUACUUUAUGUACAUUGUCUCAGCUAAUCACUACUUAGUGCACUUGGUAUUAUGACCCAUAAUUUAUAGACUGGGAAACUGAGGCACAGAGAUGUUAAAUUUACUCAGGCUCACAGUGGAAAUGGAGUUUGGAGAUACUUAGCAUGCAGUAGGUAAGAGUAGAAAGAGUGCUGAUAUAUACACAGAUUUGUGAUGUUCUGCCACAGUGUGAUAGCAUACCAUGUAAGUGGAAGGCCUCGGUGAGUGGGAGGGAUGGGGAGUCAGGAGAGCUUGUUGUGGGGAGGGAGUGGACAGGGAGGAUUAUUGAUUGUCUAACUGCUUGGCCCUUAGGCUUAAUCCUUUUUGUGACAGUCCUGAGGCUCCAGAGUUGCAUUUAGGUACAAGUACUAGCUUGUCCAGUGUAUAGGUAAGAGGGACUGGCAGACCAGAGGUGAUCCUGGUUUUACCGGUCAUUACUUUGGUCAGAUUACUUAGUUUCUCUGGGUUUCAGUUUUCUUAUCUGUAAAAUGGGGGCAAUAUUACCUACCUGGUGUGGUUCUUGUGAGAACCAAAUUAGAUAAUAAUACAUGUGAA